UCGGGCUGUGGUGGUGGGAAGGUGGUCCUGGGCGAAAAACACCGUCCAGAAAAGCGACCGACGGGGCAACUUUAUAUGUUUUUGUACAGUCCUUCCAUCUCCUAAACAAACCAUUAAACUCCGGAAUUGACACAAAAAGUCGCUGACAAAUGAAGUGACGGAUUUGACUUGUUGGUCCUCGGGAGUAAAGUUGGGAAAGUACGAGGUGAAAAUGGAGAGCCCAGCUGAGUGAGAGUGGGGUGAGGAGGCUGGAUUUGGCAAAGUUGGGAGUCCUGCCCUGCUGCUGCUAGCAGGCUAGUUAGCAUGCUCAGACACUUCGCUAUCUCGGAUAAAGCUUCCCUCCGCUGUUCUCCAGCCUGUGAUUCUCCAGGGGAGCUGCUUUAUCUGUGGCAAGACCGCUGCUGACAUUGCAGCUUCCCCCAAUGGAUCGGAGCAUAGUUGAUGAUCUUAUUUUCUGUGGAAGAUCUGCCUGAAUCCUUCUGCAUUUUUCCUAAAGGCACUUAAACCUGUUUUAGAGAACUGCUCUGCCCCCCAGCCCUGAUCAAUCAUUUUUGCCCCGUGAGCAUCCAUAUAGCUGUACUCAUGCAGUUUUCUCUCAAACACUCAACAUAUUACGACAUCUGAGAUGGGGCCCCGGUAGGUUCUUAAAGGGGCUUGAGGUACCCCCUGCCUGCCGACUGUGCAGUCUGUGUGUGUGUGCGAGACCCACCGGCACAGGCCUAUAAAAGAAUACUGUAACAAAAAGAACCGGUAAUACAGUACUUGCUGAUGGAGCCGAGACGUACAACGCGCUUGCCCAGAAUAUAUUCAUGAACUGUUGGACUUUUUAAAGUGGACGUAAGUGGAUGUAUCGGGUGUAUUCAUGAACUGUGACUGCUGAUGCCAGCUCAUUGGGACGUGAGUGGGUGUAAUCAGCUUUAUUCAUGACCCCUCUGUCUGAGUCUGGGUACGGCCUGGAUGGUGGAUGUCCUGAGUGUGUUGAAUCAGCUGUUGCGGUGAUGAGGCAGGGCUCCUGGUGGCCUGUGUGGCUGGCUGGGCAGUGGCCCAAGGUGAUGUGAUGGGGUGCAGGAACAGUAAGGUCCUCCCUGAGCCUCCAGGGGAUGUUCAGUUGGACCUGGUCAAAAAGGUUGAUCCUCCCCAACCUCCUCAGACAGAUAUCUAUAAGCACUUCAUACGAGGGGAUGGCACUAGGAGCAAGAUGGGUGGGGCCGGUGGAGGGGGAGGUGACAAGGCUGACUCCACCUCCCCUAAUCAAGCUCAGGCCCAGGCUGCCACUCCCACCGCUUCCGCCCAGCCCCCUAAGGACCCAUCCGAUCUGUCGGACCCUCAGCGGAAGAAAGUGGCAAAAUAUCGGGCAAAGUUUGACCCCCGGGUCACGGCCAAGUAUGACAUCAAAGCUUUGAUAGGUCGUGGGAGUUUUAGCCGGGUCGUCCGCGUGGAGCACAAGAGCACGCGGCAACCGUAUGCCAUCAAAAUGAUAGAGACCCGUUACCGGGAGGGCAGGGAGGUGUGUGAGUCAGAGCUGUGUGUUCUACGACGCGUUCGUCACACCAAUAUAAUCCAGCUGAUGGAGGUCUUUGAGACGGCAGAACGUGUCUACAUGGUGAUGGAGCUGGCCACAGGAGGAGAGCUCUUUGACCGCAUCAUUGCUCGUGGCUCCUUCACAGAGCGGGACGCCACACGGGUGCUGCAGAUGGUGCUGGAUGGCGUUAAGUAUCUCCACACUUUGGGGAUCACUCACCGAGACCUGAAGCCGGAGAACCUGCUCUACUACCACCCUGGAGCUGAUUCCAAGAUCAUCAUCACUGACUUUGGUUUGGCCAGCAGCAGGAAGAAGGGAGACGAAUGUCUGAUGAAGACCACCUGUGGAACGCCAGAGUACAUUGCCCCAGAAAUCCUGGUGAGGAAGCCCUAUACAAACGCUGUAGACAUGUGGGCACUAGGGGUGAUAUCAUACAUCCUGCUGAGCGGAACCAUGCCCUUCGAGGACGACAACCGCAUGAGGCUCUACCGGCAGAUCCUCAAGGGGAAGUACAGCUUCUCUGGGGAGCCGUGGCCCAGUGUGUCCAACCUGGCCAAAGACUUUGUGGAGCGGAUUCUAACAGUGGACCCCAGCGAGCGUCUCACAGCUGGCCAGGCUCUGAAGCACCCCUGGAUCGUCAGCAUGGCUGCCUCCUCCUCCAUGAAGAACCUACAGCGCUGUAUAUCUCAGAACCUCCUGAAGCGGGCGUCCUCACGCUGCCACAGCACCAAGUCUGCCCAGUCCACUCGCUCCAGCCGCUCCACCAAAUCCAACAAAGCCCGGCGAGUGCGAGAGAAAGAGCUGCGGGAGCUGAACCGUCGCUAUCAGCAGCAGUACAAUGGCUGAAACAGGGACAGUGACAGCCAGCGGCUGUAGCGGACCUUAUACUUUUAGGGGGAAACAGCACUAAAAUGACUGAACUUUUACAAUGACUACCACCAUUCGAAGUUGCUGCCAGUGUUUGAGGCCAAAGUGGCUUCAAGUUCCAAAUCAUUGCCUUAAAAAAAGAGGACAAUGACUUGACUCGACCAUGGCUACCAGCAAAAGAAGAAUUAAGAUUGAAAAGUAACUGCUGCCAGCUGAGAAUUCCUCUGGCAGCGCGUCUCCUGACGAGCACAGAGAAGGACACACCAGUAAAGUUUUGAACUCUUAAGGGUUACAUCAUCUCUCCAUCCAUUCCUUCACUUUUUCUCUGGCAGGAUGGUGCCUUCCACUCCUUUGCUUUUGUUCUUUCAAUCCCUGUGUCUCUACAUAUUUAUUUAUUAUUGUUGACAUGAUUAUUAGUCUCCAUUCAAAUGGUCACUGGAUAAUGACCUUCCAUGAGGAUCUGUUGAACAGAGUUCUGGGUACUGAAGUUUUUAAGAAGAAAGGGAUACUUUUAGAAGAGGGGGAAACAAUUUCCCCGCACUCAUUCCUGAUUGAAAAUUGCUGUGAAUUUAUUGUUGUACCAAUUGUACAGACCUUGUCUUAAGAUGUGGGUGAUGCAAGCACACUGCAAAAAAAAAAACACACCCUUAAAGGUCAAAAUGAAGGCUUAUUUUUUAGUCACUUCUAAGCUUAUCUAAUCUUGCCAUUAUUGCUCUGUUGAUAUCAUUGUUCUAAAACUGUCAAAAGAU